GUUUAGAUGCUCAGAUUCGUUACAAUCUUUACUAUGGGCGUAAGGCUGCUUUUUAAUGCUUUUUAAUUUUUUCGUUCUGGUGUUUUAAAAUAUAAUAUUGGCUAAAGAAACUAAAUAUGGGAACGCAACAGUUUUAUUUUAAAUGGAAAAAUUACGAGGAAAAUAUGAUGUCUAGUUUCAAGCAAUUUUUAACUACAGAACAUUUGAUGGACGUCACUCUGUCCUGCGAAGGCAGACAAAUGAAAGCCCACAAGUUGAUAUUGAGUGCAAGUAGUUCACUUUUAAAAAAUAUUUUUCAGGAUAAUCCCCAUCAGUAUCCCAUCAUCGUCCUAACGAAAACAAAGUAUUCUGAUCUGAAAAUGAUUCUGGAUUUUGUUUAUAACGGCGAAAUUUUCGUUCCCAGCAGUCAAUUAGCUGGACUUUUAAAAACUGCCGAAUUACUGAAAAUAGAUGGUCUAGGUCCAUUCAUAGAAGCCCCUAAAGAAGUAAUAGAGGAAUCUACUAAAGUUUCCACUUCGCAACCAAAGAAAGAAAAAAGGAAGAGAACAUCCUCGAGUGAAUCUGACGAAGUCCAUGAGAUUCCCUCUAAAGUUAAGUUGUCUGAACCCCCUGUUUUAUCUCCGAACUUGAAAGAAAUACCUGUUUUUACAUUAAAUGAAGAUGCUAUAAAAAAUGAAUCGGUCAAGGACGAAAUCGAAAUAAUCGAAAAUCCCCCGAUAAUCAGAAUUGAUGAUGAUGAUAAUAUUGAGAUUAAAAGGGAAGAGGAAAAUGAAAUGUUUGAAAUCGGUUCAGAUGGAGCGUUCGAUUCAUCACAGAAUCAACUUGCUUGCACAGUUACGUCCGAUCCAACGGUAUUCGACACAUCACCAAAAUUUGUACCUACUAUUUCAAAAGAAAUCAAAAUAAGCGAUGCAAUGAGUGAAAUGAUAGACGACGAUAAUGAUCAAUUGUCAGAAGAUUUUACAUUUCAACAUCACUUUUCUCUUCAAUCUUCGACUCCUAGUUUGGAUAUUGCAUCGACGAGUCAAAAUCGUUUGGAUGAAAACGUUUCCGAAAAUGAUCAAGAAGAAACCAUGUCCGAGCAAUCACUAGACAGUAGUUCCUUUCAUGAUCCUAGUUUGUCAGAAUCAAAUAAUUCUAAGGCAACCAUUUAGAUAACAAGUUUAUCUUGUGUAUUGCCAACACCUUAUCGAUGACAUCGCUAACUCUUCCUAAACACACUAACUCAAGCCACGACAGACACCAUGAACGGUCUUCAGUGGACAGACAUCAGGAAAAAGGAUCAAGUCUUGCGUCUUCACCCCCGGCUUCAAAAUCAUCAUAAAGAAUU